UUUUGACCAAGUAUGUUUUGUCAAAUAUACUUGGUGACUACUGAAAUAGAAUGAUAUUUCCCCAUUUUCUCUGCUUCCCAUAAUUCUUUAUCCAUGUGAAUUAGCUCUGCUUCUUUCUUAGAAUGAACCAAUAUUAUCCAAAAUUUCUUCUUUCUUACCUGUUAUUAACCCUAUUUUCUUGUAAUCAAUCAGUUGCAGAAACUGAUUUUGUCUUCAAUGGCUUUAAACAAUCAGAUGUGUUAACUUUUGGGAAUGUUACAAUUGAAUCUAGAAUUCUUACUCUUUCAAAUGACUCAACUUUUUCAAUUGGCAGAGCUCUGUACCCUUCAAAGAUUGUCACAAAAGAAGCCAAUUCAUCUAAAGUUCUUCCCUUUUCAACAUCUUUCAUUUUUGCAAUGGCUCCUUACAGAGACAGGCUACCAGGACAUGGUAUAGUUUUCUUGUUUGUGCCACACACAGGUAUUGAUGGUACUACUUCUGCACAGAAUUUAGGUUUCUUGAAUUUUACAAAUAAUGGGAAUCCUGAUAAUCAUGUUUUUGGGGUUGAGUUUGAUGUUUUCAAGAAUCAAGAAUUCAAUGAUAUAAAUGAAAACCAUGUUGGAAUUGAUGUUAAUUCUCUUGCAUCAGAGUUUGCUCAUGAAGCAGGAUAUUGGCCUGAUGAGAAAAAUAAGUAUAAUAGUGAUGGUAGCCUAAAUGAGGAGUCUUUAGAGACUUUAAAGUUGAAUAAUGGAAGAAAUUAUCAAGUUUGGAUUGAUUAUGCUGAUUUCAACAUUAGUGUAACUAUGGCACCAGUUGGUAUGAAAAGGCCUAAGCAGCCUUUGUUGGAUUUUCACCUAAAUCUUUCCCAGGUUUUUGAGGAAGAGAUGUAUGUGGGGUUUACAGCAGCCACUGGAGAACUUGCUCAAAGUCACAAGAUUUUAUCUUGGAGUUUUAGUAACUCGAAUUUUUCGAUAGGUGAUGGUUUGAUCACACAAGGGCUGCCUUCAUUUGAGCUUCCUGAAGAUCCAGUUUAUCGAUCGAAGGGAUUCAUUGCAGGUAUGACAGUGUUAGUCUUGUUUCUUGUUGUGGUCAUUGCUGUAGCUUCAUGGUUUUUGAUUAAGAGAAAUAGGAGAAUGAAAAAGGAAAGAGAGGAUAUGGAAGAUUGGGAAUUGGAAUAUUGGCCACAUAGGAUUACUUAUCAAGAAAUUGAUGCUGCAACAAAGGGUUUUGCUGAUGAAAAUGUGAUUGGAAUUGGAGGUAAUGGGAAGGUUUAUAAAGGGGUUUUGGCUGGGGGUUCAGAGGUUGCAGUAAAGCGAAUUUCUCACCAAAACAGUGAAGGGGCAAGGCAAUUCUUGGCUGAGAUUUCGAGUCUUGGUAGGCUAAAGCAAAGAAAUUUGGUGUCAUUAAGAGGGUGGUGCAAGAAAGAUAGAGGCAGCAUGAUUGUGGUUUAUGAUUAUAUGGAAAAUGGGAGCUUGGAUAAAAGGCUGUUUGAAUCUAAUGAGAGAAACAUGCUGAGUUUUGAAGACAGAAUUAGGAUUUUGAAAGACGUGGCAUCAGGGGUUCUAUACUUGCAUGAGGGAUGGGAAUCAAAAGUGUUGCAUAGGGACAUUAAGGCUAGCAAUGUUUUACUUGACAGGGACAUGAAUGCAAGGCUAGGUGAUUUUGGUCUAGCUAGAAUGCAUGAUCAUAGUCAAGUGGCUAGCACGACUCGAGUUGUUGGCACGGUGGGAUACUUGGCGCCAGAGUUUGCCAAGACUGGCCGUGCCUCCACACAAACCGAUGUAUUUGGAUAUGGAGUGCUAAUUAUGGAGGUGAUGUGUGGAAGGAGGCCUAUAGAGGAGGAAGGCAAGCCACCUUUAGUGGAUUGGCUGUGGGAAUUAAUGAGACGAGGCGAAUUGAUUAACGCCUUUGAUAGUCGAUUAAGGACUAAUCAAGAUUUCAAUGAAGAGGAAGCUUUAAGGGUGUUGCAAUUAGGCAUGAUAUGCGCGAGCCUAGACGCCAAAGCUAGGCCAAGCAUGAGACAAGUGGUGAAAUUCUUUGACAGGAAUAGUGAUAUUGAUGAAUAUGAAACUGAGGAUAUGGAUGCUUACCUUCUAGAGAGUUUGAGAUCUAAUACCAUGUUGUCCAAUUUUUCCUUGAGUUUAAGCCAUGGUUCACAUCCAACAUUUGAAGAAAUUAGAGAAGGGCCUAGCUUUGAUUGAAUUUGCAUUUGGCAAUGCUGCUUCAUGUACAAAUUUAUAUGAUGGAGUAGGAAAAAGGAUUUGGUUAUGAGAUAU